AUGGGUCGCUGGGGAUUCCGUACGUCAAGAUCGCAGGAAUCCUUCUCUGGACUCAGUCUCACUGACCUCUCUGUUCUAGGUCUGUUCGAGUCAGCCGAUGACUUGGACUUUCCUAUCAUGCUGCCAGGAAUCCUUGGUAUUGAUGAAAAUGAGUGGGAAUAUACACUUCGCCAACUAGUCCACCAAAGUGAUAUGCUUGCUCUAGCGGAGUCGACUGCUUGGUAA